AUGAGCGACUAUCAAUCAGUACCCCAGACUCAGGACGGGUCUACGGAACAGAGUUUCGUAGACUCGGACUAUUCAUUCGAUGUCCCCGGAGCUGACUUCGGCGGUUUUUCUUUACCUCUGGUGACAUCUCACCAGAAUGUGGAUCAAUGGCUUUAUGUGAGCUCUUGGUCUCCAGACGCCGCUUCUCUUGGCUCGAUGAACCAAGAGGGUAUGUUUGGUGCGAGUGCGGGUUCAGCGGUUCUGUCCUGCGAUAGCUUUUCUGAAGUUGACCUUUCUUCGCCGAUGUUCGGGAUGGAUUCGCAUCUCAACGACAUCGAUUCAGUUCAGUUUGCGUUCUCAAAUCCUCCGGUACCGUUUCUUGAUCUUCCCACCGUCUCGGAUGAUGUUUCCAAGAUGGCAUCGCUCACUGGUUCACCAGUCACCGCAGCCGCUCUAUAG